AUGUACGAUAGUUUAGUCAAGUUUGUCCCGCUGAAGUUUGACAAGAAUUGUGUACCUACUUAUCCUUUGCAUUUAGGAAAUCUAUUCGAUCAAAACAAUCGACUCUUCUGCCAACUUGAUAACCCUUUGAACAACGCUCUCUAUAGGAAGAUUUGUGCUGAUCUUGACAAUCACAUGAAAAAGUACCUUGCAAAUCGUGAGCGGCGUUUGUCGAAAACAUGUAUGAAAAAGUUUCAUAACUUUCUCGCUAAAAGAAUUAGACAAGCACAAAACCUGCCUGUGUUGAGGACUGACAAUGGGAAUUUGAUCAAAACCGAUCUCGAGAAAGCUAACGCACUUGCCGAAUUCUUUGCUUCUAAGUACUCAUUAAAACUGGAUGAAAGCUGUCAUAGUCUUCUAUUGCCAACUACUGAUUCCCUUGCCAUUCAGGUUCCUCAAAGGUCCUUCGACUUUGUCAUCUAUCCAAAUGAAAUCUUUAGCGUUCUGAAACGUUUAACUCCUUCGUUUUCGUGUCCUUACGAUGGUAUUCCCCAGAUAGUUCACCAAAAAUGUGCAGAUGUUUUGUGUCUUCCUCCUGCUCAUAUUUUUAAUGCGUCGCUCAUCUUCAGCAAAGUUCCUAACAUUUGGAAAGAGGCACUUGUUACCGCAAUGCCCAAAAAAAGCAAUUUAAAUGCUCUCUUGAACUUUCGCCCCAUCAGUAUUGUAUCCUCCGCAAGAUGGUAA